AUGUUGAUGCUGCCACUAUACGCCCUCUCUCUCCUCCCACUGGCGACCGCAUGGACAUUCCUCUACACCAACAAAACAGAUAGCACGCUGAUCCUACGCGGCAGCGAUGACCAGAAUUGCACGGCUAUAAGCCUCGCCAAGGACAAACUGUUCACAUUUGACCCCGAGGGAUCUGACCUCUGCGUUUCGAUAUAUUACGACGACCAAUGUAGUUCCCGAGCAGGAUACUCGUGUACGUCCUGGAGGAAGAAUGCUAGUGCUUCCUUCUUCGGUGUCGACAUCGCUCCUGAGAGACCGGCCGUUUCUACUAGCACCACUGCGCUGCCCUCUUCCUCCACAGCUGCAUCUACUUCUGCAUCUACUUCCACGUCCACAUCCGCAUCCGUUUCCGAGUCUGCGACGAGCACGCCAACCUCGACCCCAACGCCCAGUGACGCUGCCACGAGUGACACUUCCUCUGGUCUCUCCGGUGGAGCAAUUGCAGGUAUCGUGAUUGGUGUUGUAGCAGGUCUUGCUGUCCUCGCUGGACUUAUCUUCUUCUUUAUGCGGAGAAAUCGCAAGAAAAAUGCUCCAGCUAGCGUCCAACCCGGUAGCUUUGGGCAUCAUGAAGCUGAGGCUACCGUUUCUUCUCUGAGUGGUGCUACAGAGAAGCCGCCAGGUUCUUCGGGGGGAGGGUCGUUCCGUCCUGCGCCUGGUUCGAAGCUUGUUGAGCUUGCUGGUGAUGCGGGGACUUUUGAGCUGCCUAACAGUCCGCUCAGUGAGAUGGAUGGUCAUUCGGCGACUAAGCCAUCGUAUCGGGUCUGA